AUGACAAAAACGGUGCUUCUUAAAUUAUUUGUGGCAAUAGUGAUCACAUUCAUUUUAAUUUUGCCAGAAUAUUUCAAGACACCAAAAGGAAGACUGUUGGAGCUAUCUUGUCUGGAAGGGUGUCUAGAACCUAAUAUUACCUAUUCACUUUCAUCCUUAAAUUAUUCUUUUGUGACUUUCCUGCAACCAGUGAAGGACACUCAGUCUAUUAUGGGACUUUUUCUACAUCGCUCCAGUUUCCAAAACUUCACCAGGAUUUGUCAAGAAAUCCUAAAUGAAUUUAAAAUGUGCUCCUUGUGUUUGGUUUGUGAAUCCAAAGGAAAGGUAGAUUUCAUUUCUCAAGAACAAACAUCAAAAGCUCUUAUCAUGAGAAGAUCAAUGGACAUGAAAGCAAAAAAAUUCUUUUCACCUUGUCAACAUUUUAAUUUCUCUGUAACUCCUGAGGUUGGCCGGCUGGAGGAGUCCAACACAACCUGCAGCCUCAGAGCACACACUAGAAAAUCAGCAGUUGAGGAGGAAGAGCCAACAGAGGAAAAUUCUCUCAAUCACACUUGUAGAAUCAGAGAGUACUCAAGUAACUGUACUCAUCUUUCCUUGCACCUAGAAAUGGAUGUAAAAAACAUCACCUGUUCCACGAAGAUUGCUUGGUACAUUUUAAUUUUAUUAGUCUUUAUUUUCUGGGUCAUUCUCAUGAUCCACAAAAUACUUAAAGACCACAGGAGAAUGCAAAAGUGGCCAAAUCAUAAAUGCACAAAUAUGUCUGCUCUCCUAAGAGGAAGUGAUUCCGAGAAGCUGAGAACACUGAAUGUGCGGGUUAUUCCAGAGCCUGCUCGGGUUAAGGAAGUGCUUCCCCCAAUACCAGAGCUAGAAGCUCCGUCUUCUCUGCAUCAGUGAGAUCGAUACACAAGCUGCUCAAGCUUGUACAAGAAGAGUCAUUCAUCAGAUGAGUUCCUCCUGUGUGCCAGGAGUUCUGCUCAUUGGCAAAAAUAAGAAGGUAGUCAGUGGUGGAGCCAGAGUAAGAAGUCUCAAAUUCCAGUGGAGAAUGUCAAAUACCAUAAUGGAAGUAAUCAAAGGACCAAAAGACUUAGGGGAGCACAAGAGAGACCCUUACACUCAGAGGACACUGUGCCUAGCAUUUACCGUGAGUUACACAGAGAAGUUUUUGAGUGGAAGAUUAAACUCCAAUUCUAUGCUUCACUCCUAGAAUGAUGAGAUGUAACAAUUGACAGUAAUCCUCAUGAGCACUUAAGCUUGCUUUUAGCACACUUAGAAAGCAAGCAAAAUGUACUGCAGUAGCAAGGCUGAGGAAGACCUGGGUUUCCUGACCCAAAUUAGCCAAGUUUGUUAUCAUCACUCAUGCUGUCCUCUUCAGAGCAUAUGGGGGCUCCACUGUGUAACUGAGGAGUAGCAAGAGCUCUUUAUCAGUGACCUGAGGCAGAUUUUUUGUUCUCUUUGAAGACGGUUUUAAUAAAUGAUUUAAAAUUUUCUUUUUUACUAAUUAUAAUUUAAGCAAUACUUGACAAAAGUCUUGUGCGAAUACUUUCUUGCUUAAAAAAGUCCUUCUGAAUAUCCCUGAACAAAUUAGACUGACCUCUUUUAAAGAGUAUUUACAAUUUUAUUUGAGGACUGAGUAGGCUAGGGGAAUGUUUGGGUUCAGCCAAAAAUGCACAAAAGGCAAAAGCAGGAAUGAGAAAGUAGUUGAUGAGAAGUAAUUUGAGAGAAUCUGUUUGGCUCAUGAGAGCAAGGAAUGAAUGUUUGCAAGGAAAUGUUGUGGAAGACAAGGAGACGAAACCCCAAGAGAACAAGAGAAGCAACUCCUCCUGCCCUAGCAUUACACAGCCAGACUGCACGUG